AUGGCCAUCGUUUAUAGGCUACGCCUGGCACUUUACACAAUCCUUCUUCUCGCCGUAUCCUUCUUCGCUAUCCUGAUAGGUCUGGUAUGCACCUUGACAGGUCGGCGACUCAAUACCAACUACUACGUGGCGAGAGUAUUCUAUGGUGUAGCUGGGCCUGCAAUAGGAUGGAAGUUCGAUGUCGAAGGCGAAGAGUACCUAUGGAAGUUGGAAGGAGAAGGUGGUGGUCAAGCGGGGAAAAAGGGAAGAAGUAUGGUGAUGGUUGGAAACCAUCAAAGUAUGAUCGAUAUCCUUUACCUCGGUCGGAUAUUCCCUAAACACGCUGCUAUUAUGGCGAAAAAAAGUAUCAAGUGGAUACCUGGGUUAGGAUGGUGGAUGAUGAUGUCAGGGACAGUGUUCAUAAAUCGAGGAAACAACAAAUCAGCUGUAGCAAGUAUGACUCAAGCGGGAGAUGACAUGAAGAGGAAGAGGAUAUCAUUGUGGAUAUUCCCGGAAGGUACAAGACAUAUGUCUCCCGAGCCCGAAUUACUGUCAUUUAAAAAAGGAGCUUUCUACCUUGCUGUACAAUCUGGAGUACCUGUGGUACCUGUUGUGUGCGAGAACUACCACCGGCUGUUUGACGGAAAGACUCGUUUCAAGCGAGGUAAUCUGAAAAUCAAAGUGCUCCCACCUAUACCUACCACCGGACUUACGGCUGCUGAUGUUCCCGAUCUGAUGGAGAAAACACGUGAAAUGAUGCUACAAACGCUUCGGGAAAUAUCGUCUUCUUCCGCUCCAUCACCAACGUCGGUGUUAGCAUCACCCGCCCCGUUGUUAGCACACCAGGAGAACAGAUCGAGUUAUUUCGCUGUAGAGGAUGAGCAAGCAGUAGAAGCUGCUGUAGGUGAAGAAGAAGCAGAUUCAGGAAGAUCAAAGGUAUCUUUGAAAAAGGAUGGAAGUAAAGUGUCAUUAAGAUCUGAAUCAGAAGUUUCUUCAGACAGUAAUUCAAAACCGAAAAGAGGGAAGAAGGAAGGAAAUAAAAAGAAGCUCUCCAUAGCUAUGAUAUCCGACUUCUUCUUACCUGUUGUUGGUGGUGUUGAGGGUCAUAUCUAUUCACUAGGCGUUGAGAUGAUGAAAAGGGGACAUAAGGUUAUAGUGAUAACACAUUCACAUCCACAUCGAACUGGAAUCCGAUAUAUAUCACCUGGAUUGAAAGUAUAUUACUUGCCUUACAUACCAAUAGCAUCUUCAGCAACAUUACCAAAUUACUUAUUAUUCUUACCUUAUUUUCGACAUAUAAUAUUGAGUGAAGGGAUUAAUCUGGUUCAUGGACAUGGAUCUUUAAGUUCUUUAGCUCAUGAAGCUAUGUUUCAUAAAGAUCUUUUGGGUGUAAAAGGUGUAUUUACAGAUCAUAGUUUAUUUGGAUUUGGAGAUGCCGUUGGGGUACUUACCAAUAAAUUAUUGGUCGGUGCACUUCGAUCUGCUGAAGGUAUAAUCUGCGUUAGUAAUACUGGUCGGGAGAAUACAGUAUUGAGAGCACAAUUAGAUCCUCGAUUAGUAUCUGUUAUACCGAAUGCUUUAGUAGCAGAAGAUUUCACUCCUGAUCCAUCUAAUGUAGAUCCAAAGUACAUAACAAUCGUGGUCAUAUCCCGACUUGCUUAUCGAAAAGGUAUCGAUCUACUCAUAGCUUCCUGUCCACAUGUUUGCGCUCUUUUCCCAGAAGUCAGGUUCGUUGUUGGUGGAGAUGGACCCAAGAUGGUUGAGAUUGAACAGAUGAGAGAGAAAUAUCAAUUACAGGAUAAAGUGGAAUUAUUAGGUACCAUCCGCCCAGGUGACGUUAGAGAUGUACUGACUCGAGGCCAAAUAUAUCUGAACAAUUCAUUGACUGAAGCCUUCGGUAUAAGUAUAAUCGAAGCUGCAUGUGCAGGAUUAUUCGUGGUAGCAACUAAAGUUGGAGGUGUACCUGAGAUCUUACCUGAGGAUAUGAUCGAAUUUGCUCGAGCAGAUGAGGAGGAUGUGAUACGAGCUUUAACACAUGCUAUACAUACUAUAAAAGCAGGUCGACAUGAUCCAUUAAAAGCUCAUGAGAGGGUUAAAACGAUGUAUUCAUGGUUUAAAGUAGCUGAAAGAACUCAAUUGGUCUACGACAGAGUUACGAAGACGGAAUCGAAGUCUCUCUCAGAUAGAUUAUCUAGAUACCUAUCGUUGGGACCUAUUUUCGGUCCGAUAUUAUGUUGUAUAAUAGCUGUUCAACAUUAUUUCUUUUGGUUCUUGGAAUGGUAUGAUCCAAGAGAUCGUAUAGAAGUAGUUGAAGACGAAUUGCGGUUUAGCAAAAGUUCGAAUAGGUAUGUAAAAUUGAUGAUCAUAAUGGAUAGGAAUAUAUCCGCUGAUAAUACUUCUUCACUUGGAAUUAGGUCAUAA